AUGCCACUCAAUACGGUCAAUAACGAUGGUUCACUCAAUAAUCCUUCUCAAAUUAGAGCGAAUUUACAAAAAGUGAAAAGUGUUGGCACCGAUGGAAUAAUGAUUGACGUUUGGUGGGGAAUUUGUGAACAAAAUGCUCCACAAUCUUAUAAUUUCACAGCCUAUCAACAAUUAUUUACCAUGUGUCAACAAAUUGGAUUAAAAGUUGAACCUGUCAUGUCGUUUCAUCAAUGUGGUACGAACAUUGGAGAUGCUGCUUAUAUUCCACUACCAAAAUGGGUAUUGCAAGUUGGUCAAUUUAAUCCAGAUAUAUUUUAUACUGAUCAGAAUGGUCACAGAGAUCGAGAAUACUUGUCAUUGGGUGUCGAUCAUGUUGCAGUCUUUCCAACAAGUGUUCCUGGAAAGAAUCGAACAGCAGUUGAUAUUUAUUCUGAUUUUAUGACAGCUUUUAGAAAUACUUUUUCAAGUUUUAUUCAAAGUGGUGUGAUUGAUGUCAUUGAAAUUGGAUUAGGACCUGCUGGUGAGAUGAGAUAUCCAUCUUAUCAAUUACAAAAUAAUUUGUGGAGUUUUCCUGGAAUUGGAGCUUUUCAGUGUUAUGACAAGUACAUGUUAAAUAAUUUAGCUCAAGCUGCAAGAAAUGUUGGACACCCAGAAUGGGGAACUGCUGGACCCAACGACGCUGGAUAUUACAAUUCCAUGCCAUAUCAAACUGGUUUCUUUAGUGACAGCACUUACAAUAAUUAUGCUUCCAAUUAUGGUCAAUUUUUCCUUAAUUGGUAUUCAGGAAUGCUCAUUCAACAUGGCAGUGCUAUUCUACAACAAGCUCGUUCUAUUUUUGGAAAGAAUGUAAAACUCGCAGGUAAAAUUGCAGGUAUUCAUUGGUGGUAUUUCACAGAUAGUCAUGCUGCUGAACUCACUGCAGGAUAUUACAACCUUCCAAGUUAUGAUGGUUAUGGAGCUAUUGCACAAAUGUUUAGUCAAUAUGAUGUUGAUUUUGAAUUUACAUGUAUGGAAAUGAUUGACAGUCAACAACCUUCGAAUUGUGCAUGUGGACCUGAAGAACUUGUUGCUCUUACUCGAUCGACAGCAUGGAAAUAUGGAUUGGAUUAUGGUGGAGAGAAUGCCUUAGAUAUUGAAGGUAAUACUCAAGCAAAUGAACAAAUUGUAAAACAAGCUUCAUCCAAUGGAAAGACAAUUUCUGGAUUUACUUAUUUGAGAAUGAGUGACACAUUGUUAAAUUCAAGUUAUAAUUUUAAUAUUUAUGCACAACUUGUGAAUCAAUUACACAACUUGGAAUUCCUAGAAGGUCAUUCCAAAAAACUCUCAAUGCUCAUUCAAGAAUUGAAAAAGAACACUAGAAUUUCAUAA